UUCUCUGUUGCUGCCGUCUUUUUGCUGUCUACUCCCCUCAGCCCGUGAAUAUUUGCCCAAAUUUUACUUUUAUCUAUCGUGACAUUGUUGCCUUUGUCCGUCGAAAAGCCAAUAUGGUUUUAAAAGUGACUGUCAACAAUGCCUGGAGGGCUGCGAGGACGCUGUGGUUUGUCGUGCUAGUCAGCCUGUGUGUUUUCAUCAGUGUUAGUCGAGCAUCAUCACCACUUGAGGAGGAGGACAGUGCCAUGGAGAACAUCGUUACAGAAAAAAAGGCUGAGGAGAGCCACCGACAGGACAGCGCAGACCUGCUGAUAUUCAUCCUCCUCCUAACCCUCACAAUCUUAACCAUUUGGCUCUUCAAACACCGGCGAUUUAGAUUUCUGCACGAGACCGGACUGGCGAUGAUUUAUGGCUUGAUUGUUGGGGUGAUCUUGCGCUACGGUGUCCAUGUACCUCGGGAUGUCAGCAAAGCCCCACUGAGCUGCUAUGUUAAUGCCAGCCCUGCCACCCUGCUGGUCAAUAUCAGUGGGAAAUUCUACGAGUACACUUUGAAAGGGGAGAUCAGUGCAAACGAGGUGAACGAUGUGCAAGAUAAUGAGAUGCUGCGAAAGGUUACCUUUGACCCAGAGGUCUUCUUUAAUAUUCUGCUGCCACCCAUCAUCUUUCAUGCUGGCUACAGCUUAAAAAGGAGACAUUUUUUCCGUAACAUGGGAUCCAUCUUAGCUUAUGCCUUUGUGGGGACAGUUAUUUCCUGUUUUGUUAUUGGGUUGCUGAUGUAUGGCUGUGUGACGCUGAUGAAGCAGGUAGCUCAGCUGAAUGGAGAAUUCUUCUUCACUGACUGUCUGUUCUUUGGAGCCAUUGUAUCUGCCACAGAUCCAGUGACAGUCCUGGCUAUCUUCAACGAGCUGCAAGUAGACGUGGACCUUUAUGCGUUACUGUUCGGAGAGAGCGUGCUUAAUGAUGCUGUGGCCGUGGUUCUGUCGUCGUCUAUCGUGGCAUACCAGCCACAAGGAAACAACAGCCACACGUUUGAGGCCAUGGCUUUGCUGAAGUCUUUUGGGAUAUUCCUUGGAGUUUUCAGCGGCUCCUUCGCUCUGGGAGUGGCCACCGGAAUCGUCACCGCCCUCGUGACUAAGUUCACCAAACUGAGGGAUUUCCAGCUGUUGGAGACGGCUCUCUUCUUCCUCAUGUCAUGGAGCACAUUUCUGCUGGCUGAAGCUUGCGGCUUCACAGGUGUGGUGUCAGUGCUCUUCUGUGGAAUCACUCAGGCCCACUACACCUUCAACAACCUGUCUCCUGAGUCUCAGGACAGGACCAAACAGUUGUUCGAACUGUUAAAUUUCCUGGCAGAGAACUUCAUUUUCUCCUACAUGGGUUUGACCCUUUUCACCUUCCAGAACCACGUCUUCAAUCCCAUGUUCAUCAUUGGAGCUUUUCUGGCUGUGUUCGUGGGAAGAGCUGCUAACAUCUACCCUCUCUCCUGUCUUCUAAAUUUUGGACGGCGCAAUAAGAUCAGAUCCAACUUCCAGCACAUGAUGAUGUUUGCAGGCCUUAGAGGGGCGAUGACUUUCGCCCUGUCCAUCAGGGACACAGCCACAUAUGCCCGUCAGAUGAUGUUUUCCACCACUCUUCUUGUGGUCUUCUUCACUGUUUGGAUUUGUGGUGGUGGAACCACUCAGAUGUUGUCCUGCCAGCGUAUACGGGUAGGAGUAGAUUCUGAUCAAGAUAACUCUAUAAGUAUUGCCGAUGGAUCAGAGAGAAGAAGCACCAAGCAAGAAAGUGCCUGGCUUUUCAGGAUUUGGUACAACUUUGACCACAACUACCUGAAACCGAUCCUGACUCACAGUGGCCCUCCUCUCACAGCCACUCUUCCUCCCUGUUGCGGCCCCCUCGCUCGCCUCCUCACCAGCCCGCAGGCCUUAGAGAAUGAGUGCCAGCUGAAGGAUGAUGACUCUGACCUCAUUCUCACAGACGGUGAUAUCAACCUGACCUAUGGUGACAUCACAGUCAACACAGAUGCCACAGGUGCCCACACCAGCAUGGGCACGGGCUUCGCCGGCACCGCCACCUCUGAUGACUUGGACAGAGAGUUGACGUAUGGCGAUCACGAGCUGGUGAUGAGGGGUACACGCCUGGUGUUGCCCAUGGAUGACUCAGAGCCGCCCUUCACAGACCAACACCACCACAUGCAAAUGUGAAAAUAGUGUUUGAUCGCAAACCCAGACGGCCGUCCGACUCAAACUGACCCAAGCCACUGAGCAAAGGACCAGUACCUGACUCCUUCUUUCACUCCUUUUUUGUUCAACUUUGCCUCACUCAUCUUGCCUUUUUCCACACAUAUUUAUUUCUGUUACAUAUACUCACUCCCCCUAAAGACACACCACUGUUUCUACCUCAUGUUCCUUUACUUAUUUCUACAGCUCUGUCAUCUAACAUGACCUUAUUUUAGUCAUAUUUUUUUGCAGGGUUUUCCCACCAUAAUGUAGCAUUGCACAGAGGUCUAGCAGCAUGUGUUGAUGUGUCAAUGCAAGUAUCAGCCACUAGCUAAUUUGUCGCAGUACAGUAUAUCUCAAGAGUACUAUAUCUUUGUUAUGCAUGCAGAGGACUCUUGUGUUUUGUUUUGGGUCUGACUUUGAAUGUUGCUGUCUUUUCUCUGUGCAUCAGAGGCUUGCUGACCCAGUGGACAACUUUGCUGUACAUUUGAUUUUAAUCAAGUGCCUGGGAGUUAUAGUUUUAAGCAUGGCGACUGGAUCAGCUCUGGGAAGCAGAGCAACUUCAGGAUUAGCAAUCUUUCAGUUUUUCUUUGUAAAAUAAAAUGGAAAAAAAAAGGAAAGAAUAGAAUAAAGAAAAACAAAACAUGCCUCUGUUUGUAAGGUAGCAAUAUAUACGCAGGUGUUUGGGCUGUCAGUUUGCUGUUUGCUUGUAAAUGGUGUGCAACUAUGUGAUGCCACUGGUGCAGUGUGGUGUGGCAAAGAAUGUUGUGGAUCUCUCCUAGUGACCUUAGACUGUGACAUACAGAGAGGCUUUACAUCUUAUUUUAGAAGCUGAUGUGGCUCCCAGCAGAAGGAAGGGCUGUUAUUGAGAAAAUGAGAUCCAGUAAAACUUACCUGAGAAAGCUUUGUGCCAUUUCUCUCCUGCGUUUUGAUAUUUUGUGAAAACUGAACGCACGAGAACUUAAAGUGUUUUGUAUGCUUUUUGCAGCAAGGCUGAAGUACUUCAAGCUUGAUUACAUUUUUCAUAGCCACUACGCUUUUUACACACUUUCUAUUACAAUUAUCUUAUUCAUAACUAGGAACUUUAUUUUCCUCAUUAUAUUAAUCUUUAAAAAAACUAUAAAAAUAUGAAUUUGAUGCUAAAUUAAUUAGCAUGUAAUAAAUACACAAAUGAUUUUUGUGUUUUUUUUUUUGUUUGUUUUGUAAGAUUUUGGCAAAUCAAGGAGCUGAUUGUAUCUGGUUUCAGGAAGAUUGCAACCAGUGAUUAUUUCCAUUAAGCUUUAUCAGUCAGCUAAUUUUUGAUAAACUGAAAACUCAUGUGGUGUGUGUGUAAUGUCAUUAGUGAACAAAGGCCAUAAAACUUAUUUCAGCAUCUAAUUUAUCUGAUUAACAGGUGAAAACUGUCAGGACUGAGGACUUCUGUGCACCUUUGCUCAAAAAUUUGACUUUCGUUUUAUCAGUACAAAAUUGUUGCAUAUAGACCUCUUAGUUACUGACGAGGCAAUUAAUCUACCGGCUGUUGCAACCCUAGAUUUUAUACAUGUGGGGAAGUCAUUUGCAUUGGACAAGACUAUCUUAUUAUUCAAAUGAAGCCAUCCCUGAUAAGAACAGAUAUUCACACUGGUAUAUUCCCAGAUAAUCAUUAUGAGAACUGCCAGACUGAACAGCAAUGGUUUAAAUGCUUGAUAUUUUUUCUGAGACGUACACCAUGUACACAUCGGGUCUGUUGAGGAAGUAUGGUUUGAUUGUUUAAAAGGAGUUAAGGAGUGAAAGGGUGCUGAACAUCAGACACUGCAUACCAUUUAAAGGGUAUUCAUGUUGGAUGUGAUGCAUAUGACCUAUUUUAGUGGAUGUACAAGAGGAAUGGGAGGCGUGGUGAGCUUAGCAGCUGUUGGCUUGGCUUUAACAGGAAGCAUUGAUAAGAUGUCACCAUGGCAACCCUGUGUUGAAUUUGAACAGAAGCCAGGAAACAUUUGGUGCGUUAACUGAACACAGCAGUUUUGUGUUUUGGCCAAAAGUAAAACAAUGGGUGCAAAGAGGAAGAUGAAGGGGUUAAGGAAAAGAGUGAGAAAAAGAAACAGUUCUCACUGUGUUGGUGUGAGUGUUUGUGUGUUGGGGAUGAUACAGGCGUGGAAGGAAGAGGAUGCUUGUAGAUAUUGCUUUUCCUUCCACAGUUAUCUUCUGCUGUGCAGGAAUUUUUUUGUUUAUAUUUUAGUUAGUUUUUUUUUUUUUUAUGAGGCAUUCCUUGUGGCAUCCCAUCAAUCUGUAAUAUGCUUUAUGAUUUCAACACACUUUUUUUGUUUAAAUAUUUUUUGAAGAAGAGAAAUUAUAAAAAAAAAUAACGUAAAAGAAUGCUGAACAAUUUGCACUCUUGUUUUAUGUUUGUUGUAUCUUUGAGCUGCUUUUUUAUUUAUGUUUGAUGGGUUGUGUGGAAAAACAAAUCAGUCAGUUUAAUGAAGGAUGGAUUAAUAUUCAGUACAAGUUUAGUUCAUUGUGUUGUUUUGUAAAAGAAAUACUUUGACAUUGCAGUGACAAACCCUUUCAUACCACUGUUUCCAUUUUAUCAGGUACUAUGUAUUAAUGUAUGUUUGCAACAAGUCGCUGUUUGAAUGCUGCUGCCAUGAUGUUCACAGAGCAUGAAUCAUUGUCUGCUGAUGGUGAGCUCUUUAGGGAAGAAAAAGAAAAAAAGUCAAAUAUAUCCAACAGAACUGUGUGCCACUGUUCUUUAACCAACACAUGAAAUAAUGUGAACUCUGUGAAAGGCGAUCUAGGUGUUGGUGUUCUGCCUACUGCUCUGCCAGUACGUUUUCUGUCUGCUCUCUGAAUGGUGACUUGUAAUAAGCUUUGAUCUUUGGAAAUCUUGUCUGAAGGAGCUGACCAAAGAGGCCUGCUGUGCUCUGUGUUUUCAGACACUCAUAUCUUUAUACUGCAAACUCUGUGUGUGAAUGUGUCUUCAAGCCUGCAAUGUAUAUGGAUGUGUAUACUUGUAUGUGUGUGUGUCUGAGAAAGAGAGACACUGUGUCCUCUUUUCUUCUUUGUUGCAGGUACUGACUGUUUACAUUUGUGUAAAUAUACUCUCGCCUGUUCAUGUGCGUGCAACGGUCAAUAAACAGAAGCCUGUGCUUUUGAUUAAA